UGUUUUACAGCACUGUAUCCGGAUGACCGGGUCGCGGGGGCGGUAGGGGUUGCUCCGAUUGGUCUAGCUCGAUUUCGCGGGUUCGAAGAGCCGCGCGUGUCAACGGGCCCGCCAAUCGCAGCCACCUCCGGUGCCUCCGGUUCGUCAGUCAGUGGCCGCGCGUUGUCCACGCAACAUCGUGACUGUUUUUUGUAGCUCAAAAUCUUUAAUAAAUUCUUCAUCACAUUUUUACUUUCCAACUCACAUCCCCGCCAAUUUCUGCAAAGCAAUUACAAAUAUUAUUUUACAUUCUACAAUUUCAUUCAUUAAUCGUCGAGUUUUCUAAUUCGCCUGUCAAAAGAAACAAGCGUUCUUUUGCAAGCAUGUACCAUGCCUUUGUUUGAUACUCAAACGAUGUGACAGUGUAUAGAAAUUAUAACUAAAACGUUUAUUUAGUGAAAGAAACUGUGCCACGAUAUUCCUCUACUCGAUGUCCCAAGCAUUUUAAUUACUGAUCUGAGUAAUAUUCUAGACGCGUACAGUAUACGCGUUUUGAUAUUCGUAGAUUAGAGAGCUGGUUGUUUACCGGUGUUUUCCAGGGAUUGUGGUGCUCGUAUAACCUAUCGCGGCUUCCCGCGAUUUAUCUCCUCGGACCUAAGGUGUGGCGCGAAAAGUAUAGUGCAUUAGUAAGACGAGUAGUACGUGUCUGUCGAUCUAACCCUAUUUCCGUGAUGCUCGUGGCUAAGGAAACCCUUUACCUGUUCACACUUAUGUUACCAUGAAGCUGAAUAAUAAAAAAGAAGGAAGAACCUUUGAUCGAGCAGUAUUCAUUACUAGUGCAAACAGAAGAUAAAUAAUAGCGGCAAAAUGUUGAUAAAAGAAUAUCGAAUACCGCUGCCUCUCACCGUCGAGGAAUACAGGAUUGCUCAGCUUUAUAUGAUAGCGAAAAAAUCUCGGGAAGAGAGUCAAGGAGCAGGCAGCGGUGUAGAAAUCAUAGUAAACGAGCCUUACAGCAAUGGUCCAGGUGGAAAUGGACAAUACACCCAUAAGAUCUACCACGUGGGUAGUCACCUUCCAGAAUGGUUCAAAAGUUUGUUACCAAGAUCCGCGUUGAUCGCCAAAGAAGAAGCAUGGAACUCUUAUCCCUAUACGAAGACACGUUACACCUGUCCUUUCGUUGAAAAAUUCUCCAUCGAAAUAGAAACCUACUAUUUCCCUGACAAUGGCUAUCAAGAGAAUGUUUUCAAACUCAGUGGUAGCGACCUGAGAAACAGAAUCGUUGAUGUAAUCGACAUCGUCAAGGAUCAGUGCGACUAUGUCAAAGAAGAGGAUCCUAAAACGUACGUGUCCCAGAAAACUGGCCGAGGACCCCUCACCGAAUCCUGGCUGGAGGAAUACUGGGCUGAUGUUAAAGGAAAGCAACAGCCGACGGCAUCCGGGAAGUCGUUAAUGUGCGCGUACAAGUUAUGCCGCGUAGAAUUCCGUUAUUGGGGCGUGCAAACAAAAUUAGAAAAGUUCAUACACGACAUAGCCUUGCGGAAAACUAUGGUGCGAGCGCACAGACAAGCAUGGGCCUGGCAGGACGAAUGGAACGGUUUGACCAUGGAGGACAUCCGAGAGAUUGAACGACAAACACAAUUGGCAUUGCAAAGGAGAAUGGCAAAUGCAGAAGGUGGCGAGGAAUCUGCGAAUGAAAAUCAGGAGAAGAAUACGUCUAAUACUCCUCAAGAGUCAGAUGUUGCUAUGACUUUGGCUGCCACGCUUGGUAGCAUCGAGAAGAACGAGGAUCCUCAAAGUCCACCUAGCGUUAGAAAAUCGUCGGAUAUACCCAUGUCUAAUACUACAGUUAGUUCCGAAGGUGAACCCAGCCCCGAAGACUCGCCCACUGAAGUACCCGAGCUUAGAAACGCUUCUGCUGAGGAUAAAGGUGACUCUAAAAAAGCGUGGAAGAAGAACAAAGGGGUAAUGAAUUCACCGUGUUCGAACAAAAGCUUUGAUAUGCAAAUAGCAAACUGGCGUAUGGAAAGUAUCGUGAGAGAAUCGGAAUCUGGUAGCGAAGACGAGUUUUUCGAUUGCCAAGCCGGGUUCGUUAUACCUAUUAUACGCAAAGAGGACUUUGGAGAUAACACUUCAUUAGCUAAAUGGAGUUCUUUGGAUCUUCUAGCAGAAGAGGAGGACAAUACGUUCACUUCGUCUAGCAGCGCAAACAAAGAAGAUGAUACGAUAUUCUCACCUUCCUAUCUACAACGUAUGGCCAGUGAACGUAGCAGUAAAAGAUUGCAGAUCUCCGCUUCGGCGAGCAUUGACGCCUCGUGUCCAGCCUCCCCUCAACAUUCCCCUACCCAUCAACCCUGUAAAACAACAGUACUUAUUAUUGUCAUGCACGCUGGUAGUGUUUUAGACGCGAAUGUGGAUUUAACAGCAAAGAAAUCGGACAUUACAACGUUUAAAGGAGCCUUUGAAUCAGUGAUGAGGCAACAUUAUCCCAGCAUGGUUGGUCAUGUUGCCGUUAAGUUUGUUUCCUGUCCUUCUAUCUGUACAGAGGGUCUUGGUAUUUUAUCAAGUUUAAGUCCAUACAGCUUUGACGUGUCACCCUCUUCCAUGGAUGCGCCUCAAGUGACUCAUGAUACCAUUCCAAUUGGUGCAAUACCAUUACUUGCUAGUUCUACUCCUGAAUACCAGGAUGCAGUCUCGCGAGUCAUAGUAGGAGCUAAUCAAGUAUAUCACGAGUUCAUGAAGAGCGAAGAGGGCCGUGGCUUCACCGGGCAGAUUUGUUUAAUAGGAGACUCAGUAGGAGCGAUUCUAACGUACGACGCUUUAUGCAGAUCUACGCAUUCUAGGCAUAACAGCGAGAACAAUAUUUUGGAUAAUCAAGGGGUUGAAAAUAAUCCUGAAGAUGGUAGACACUUGACUGCACCUUCUCCUAGAAGGAAAUCUUCUAGUAUAAGUGAUGUGUCACACUGCAAACUGGAUUUUGAAGUGGGAGAAUUUUUUAUGUUUGGUAGUCCACUUGCUUUAGUUCUAGCGUAUAGGAAGGUAUCAUCUGGCAGUGAUAAAACUAGCAACAUAAAAAGGCCACUAGUGAAUCAGUUGUACAAUUUAUUCCAUCCCACUGAUCCGGUAGCUGCUAGAUUAGAACCAUUGAUAUCUGCUAAGUUCUCUCUUCUUCCUCCUGUGAACGUGGCUCGGUAUCAAAAGUAUCCAUUAGGGAAUGGUCAGCCUUAUCAUUUACUGGAAACAAUCCAAUCGAAUACACAGUUAUUCACGGAGACUUUAAGUACGCCAGCGUCUCAUUUAAGGCGACUGUCCGAUAUAUCUAUUCAUAGUACAAUGUCUGGGAUGAUUGAAAAUGUUCCUUUACAAUUAGUGUCUAAUUUACAGCAAAGGUGGUGGGGUACAAAGAGAUUAGACUACGCUCUCUAUUGUCCAGAGGGUUUAGCAAAUUUCCCUACGAACGCUUUGCCACAUGUUUUCCACGCUAGUUACUGGGAGUCAUCCGACGUUAUUGCAUUUAUCCUAAGGCAAUUAGGCCGAUUCGAUUUGCCGUUACUCUCAAACGAGGAAAAAGAUCUAACGUGUUUCCGUCCAGGUCAACCUAGAGAAAAAUGGAAUAAGAAACGAACUUCCGUUAAACUUAAAAAUGUCGCUGCCAAUCAUAGAGCAAACGACAUAAUCGUUAGAGAAGGAGCACCGCAAGUGCUGGUUGCUAGGUUUAUGUACGGUCCGUUCGACGUUUUCACUUUAGCAGGCGAGAAAAUAGACAUUCACAUUAUAAAAAAUACUCCCGCUGGAGAAUGGACGUAUUUAUCAACUGAAAUAACUGAUAAGAAUGGUAGAGUAACGUAUAAAAUACCGGGCGAUAAAACCUUAAGUUAUGGACUGUAUCCAGUUAAAAUGAUCGUCAGAGGUGACCAUACAUCUGUAGACUUCUUCUUGGCUGUGAUUCCACCAAAAACAGAGUGUAUCGUGUUUAGUAUAGAUGGUUCGUUUACCGCGAGUGUGUCUGUUAGUGGGAAGGAUCCAAAAGUUAGAGCUGGGGCUGUCGACGUCGUCAGACACUGGCAAGAACUUGGUUACUUAAUUAUUUAUAUCACCGCGAGGCCUGACAUGCAACAACAGAAAGUUGUUUCCUGGUUGUCUCAACAUAACUUUCCCCAUGGUCUUGUAUCCUUUGCGGAUGGUCUUUCGACGGACCCGCUUGGUCACAAAGCUGCGUACUUAAAUAAACUUGUAGAGGAACACGGUGUGAUUAUUCAUCAUGCUUACGGCAGUAGUAAAGACAUUAGCGUUUACACUGCGAUUAAUCUUAGGGCAAAUCAAAUCUUCAUCAUUGGAAAAGUUCCAAAGAAACUUCACACUAUGGCAACGAUUCUUCACGAUGGUUACGCUGCUCAUUUAACGAGUCUGCAAGCUCAUGGAGGCUCGAGACCAGCCCAGGGCAAUGCCCGUAUGGUGAUACCAAGAGGUCAGUUUGGUUUACCCGGGCAAAAUGCUUCUCUACGACGGAGAAGCUCUUUUAGGCUGGCAAAACGAGCGAUAUCUCAGCCCAUCCCGAGCAAGAUGAUGUAUCCAUUGGAACGAUCAACGAGUGUCGGGCCUUCAAUUUCAUCGCAGCCAACGUCGAACAUCAGAUCCACCGCACCGGAGAAACUCUGACGAUUUGCACGCUGCCGGUCGUUCUUCGAAUCCCGGCAGUAGUUGCCAUCAUAAUCAUCCUGAUGUACGAGGAUACUUCAAACACAAGUCCUCGUAUAUUUCGACCGGAUACGUGCUCAAUCAACAAUCUAAAAAAGAAGAGAUAAUUAUACUUUGUUACUCCACCUUUUAUAUCCCCUCAAUCUCUUUCUCUCUAUGUACAUAUUUACCUGUAAAUCCAUUGUAUAAAGCGUGCAAUUAUGGUGAUAGACUUAUCCUCCGUGGUUUGAACGUACGAGGACUUUUUGUGUUUCAAAUGAGAUUGAUUUAUCAAAGCUUUUCCUUUUUUUUCUAACAUUGAUACCAGUAGUAAUCGUUUACAAUGUGAUCGAGCACGAUCAAAAUUUUUGAUAAAGUAGCCAUCGGGACGAGCAGUCUAGUUCCUAGAUUUAAACCAAGAUUCUAAAGAGAUUUCCUAGGAAAAGAGAUGUAAUUAGCAAUUGAUUUUUCGUUUUACAUUUUAUCAUUAUAUUCGCUGAUCUUCGAUCGAGUUUGAGCAAUCAGUCAGAAAGCUCUGGUGUAUGUACAAUCAUUUACCUAGUCGCUCUGUUCUUAGUAUAGUAAGAAGUAUUCGUUGAAAUUGUUACCUGAACCUCAUCGUUACUCGCGAAAAAGUAAUUGAUAAUUAACUAUUCGUUAAUAGUUAGGAUUAAUUAGCUUGUAAGUGUACUGUUAUAGUUAAAUUAAUCAUUGCCAAGAGCUAUCAGAUAUGUAACGCGUGUUGGUGCGCUCAAGUUCCUUCGGUGCUAUAUGUUAUUUUCAACCAUUUAUAAGAAAACAAGAAAGGGAAGUAACCGAGUAUAAUAAAAAAAAAAAAAAUUAAUAAUACCAUUUUGUAUGCGAGAACAUGAUAAAUAUUUCUCGAUGAACGUUGGUACAAAGACACUUCCCACUUAUCGCUGUAGUGCUGUGCCAUUGUAGACAAUGUAAAUACAAAUAUGUAUAUAAAUAAGUCGCUGCAGAUGUUCACCGCGUUAGAUUUAUCGAUAGAGAUUGUUUUACCGAAUAGCUGCUACGAACUUCGUCAAAUGGAAGUUACUGUCCACAUGAUAAUAAAUUAGCUCAUCACGUGAACACGCUGAUAGCUCGAUGACAAAGAUUAAUGUUAGUUCAAGACGCGUUCGCGACAAUUGUGCGCUUACAAACGUGUUUAUAAUUAAUUAUUGACAGAUCUCGGUUGAGAGAAGGCGUAUGUAAUUUUCUAAUUAGUAAUCGCUGCGUCGCUUUUCUUAUUACAAUUAAUUAUUGCAAUUGUUACUCAUAGAAAGAUUAGCGGAGUGAAACUUAUGCUAAAGAACAUAAUGUAGAAAAGCGACGCGACCCAAUCUUGCGUUUCACUCGAGGAUGAGACACGUUUUCUUAUUUUCCUGAAACGAAUGCAAAGGCUCGGUAAGGGACGAACAGAAUUAGAUUAAUCAAAGUGUAAUUAAUUAUACUUAUCGUUGUGCCAUCAUUGUUCCUUGACUGUUCCGGUAAUACUGUAGUCGGUCGAAGAUCUGCCAUCGAACUAGUCCUGACGAGAAGAAACUUCGUGUAUUAUUAUUCAAUGCUGUAAUGUAAAGCAAAUUGAUUAAUGAAAUUGCGACUGUUUGUAUUGUUAUGGGACACGAAUGUAGUUACGGAGUAGAUAUAUGAUAUAUAAGAAUGUGACCGUGUAUAUGUAUACAUACAUAUGUAAUAUAAUUGUGUAUAUGUGUAUAUACAGGGUAUUUCAAUAGCGAGUAACUUUGUUGGAUUGUUGUGAAAGUAAUUUAAUAGGAAGAAAGUUUUAACACAGAUCCGUCUGUUGCAUAUUCGUAGAUCUCAAUUAUUGUUUUAAAAAAAAACAAUGCAUGAAUCGUUGAACUAUCUGACAAAGUUAUUUGUGAAAUAUCCUUUAUAUGUGUGUAUACGUAAAUGUUUAAGAUAAUAUAUUUAGAUGUAUAUUUAUUGUUAGUCGUGUAAGUGACUGCAAAAGAUAUUUUACUUAUAUGGACGAAUUAUUGUCACUGGUAAUAAGAGUUAUAUUUUUUUUAGCAUAACUUAAAUGACAUGUUGUAAUAACUAAUCGAGAAGUACAUUGUUUUAUAUUACGCGACACCUUGCUCUGAUUGUAAUAAUUAUUUCAUAUACCGUUGGCACGUGAUUUUUUUGAUCAGCCUCAGCGGGAAACGAUCUCAAUUCUGAAUAGAAUGCCUGGCCGAUAAAGCUGUAUUACACUUUCGUCACUGGGUAUUACAAUAAAUGAUAAAUCAUUGUCGUUUAA